AUGGCGUGGCAGCAGGGUUCGAGCGGCUCUGGCGGCUACUAUGCUGGGUGGUCCGGCGGCGGUGGAUCCGGGGCCUCAGGUUCAGGUGGCAACGGCGAGGAGGAGCGUCGUCGCAAGGAGAAGAAGCGCAAGGAGGAGCUCCCGUCAGGACAGGAUAGAGAGGCCAUGCGAAAGAAGUGGAUAGCGGAGGUCCAGAAGGAGCGCUUCCGAGGCGACAAGUUGGAGGCAGAGGUCGGCGUGCUCAAGCAGCACUUGCAGGAGGCCAUCGCUGGCCAGAGCCAUGCCCAGGAUGUCGCGAAAACCGAGCUGGCUGCCUGCGAGAAGUACGAGGCCCUGGCUGCCUCCAUGAAGAAGAGCAAGGACGAGAUGUCCACGCAGCUGGACGUGGCCACCGGAGCAGGGGCGAUCUUGAGGGUGGAGAAGGACACCGGGAACUGGUGUUGCAUCAGCGCGCGGUCUCAGCCCCUCCCAACGCCACAGGACCAGCUGCAGAAGGAAGUGUCCGGGUUGCAAUCUGCUCGAGAGAAGGACCAGGCCGUUCAUCGUCAGUACUUCACGCAGGAGCAGAACAAGGUGAAGGAGCUGAAAAUCCAGCUGAUGGCCAUGGAGAAGGAGCUCACAGAUCUGAGCCAGGCGAAGAGCUUCGCGGGCGACAUGAUGCUGACGUCGCAGAAAGAGCUCGCAGUGUCGGAGUUCAAGGAGGAGGAGACGCAGAAGGAGCUCCAGAAGUACAAGAGCUUGGUGACGGCCAUGGAGAUGGGGUUGAACGACAGCAAUCAGCAGCAGGAUAUCUUAAAGAGCCGCCUCAAAGCAGAGGAGGAGCAGCAUGCGCUCUCGCUGAAGCAGAUGGAGGACUCGGCGAAGCAGGAGCUCCAGGAGAUGCACAGCCGGCUAGAGAAGCACCAGGCAUGA